AUGUUGGCUGCAGCAUUUGUUUUAUCUGGUCUAGUUGGAUUGAGCAUUCAGCAGUCAACUCCCUUGCCAAGUGUCGUAGUUAAGAACGGCACUUACCAUGGAUUACACCAAACGACAUACAAUCAAGAUCUCUUUCUGGGUAUCCCCUAUGCCCAGCCUCCCGUUGGAAAUUUAAGGUUUCAACUCGCACAGGCGCUGAAUACCAGCUGGUCUCAGCCUCGUGACGCAAAGGUGUACUCUCCAGAGUGCUUUGGAUAUGGUAGUGACCAGGUAGGACACAACAUAAGCGAAGAUUGCUUGGCUUUGAAUAUUGUAAGACCAGCAGGCCAUGAGGGAGAACUUCUGCCGGUGGGAGUUUGGAUCCACGGUGGUGGUUUUCUUAUGGGAGGGACCUCAGAUCAGCGAUACAACCUGAGCUUCAUUGUGCAAAAGUCGGUCGAGAUGGGGAAACCCAUAAUUGGUGUUUCUAUCGCAUAUAGACUUUCUUUCUGGGGGUUUUCUGACUCCGAAGAGGUCAGAAAGGCAGGCGUAACAAAUCUCGGUCUCCAUGAUCAACGAAAAGCACUGCAAUGGAUUCAAGAGAACGUCGGUAGUUUUGGUGGUGACUCAUCCAAAGUUACAAUCUGGGGCCAGAGUGCUGGUGCUGGUUCGGUAGGCACGCAUUUGAUUGCUUACGGUGGUAGAGAUGAUGGUUUAUUUCGCGGCGCCAUCUGCCAGUCUGGUAACUCAAUUCUGCCAUUAAGUCCCAAUUACAAUGUUAGUGAUGGGCAGUUGGCUUACAAUAACAUCGCAUCCAUUGUUGGCUGUCGCAACACAUCUGACACGCUAAAGUGUCUCCGCGAAGUUGACACGAAGACCCUGAAUUCCGCUAUAAAUGCCACAUUCCGACUCUUCCCUCCAGUGCGCGACGGCACACUAAUUCAAGACUCCAUAUAUGACCAGCUUCAGAAUGGCGCAUUUAUCAAAGUGCCCUUAAUAAGUGGAACGAAUACUGAUGAAGGCACCGGGUUCGGACCUAGGGGUAUCAGCAGCGACACAGCCUUCGCCCAUUACCUUAGCAGCAAGUCAACCAAGGCCUCUCUUAACGAGUCAAUCCUUGCAGCACUUUUGGCAGUCUAUCCAAAUUUGCCAGCCGCAAGUGAUGUACUCUACAAUAUUCCACUGAACUUCACCCAGUUCAACACUACUCCUGCGGUGCCCGCGCCCUACAACACUCCGGAUACGCUCAGCAACACAACUUAUGGUAGCCAGUGGCGACGCUUGGUUGCAUUCAGUGGUGACUUUGAGUUUGCUGGCCCCCGUCGGCUUCAGUGCCAAUCUUGGUCCCGACAUAAUGUUUCAGCUUACUGCUACCGCUUCAAUGCGGUCCCAUCAGGGUACCCGCCGGAGAUAGGCAGUGCACACUUUGACGAGGUGGCAUUCGUAUUCAACAAUCUCGAUGGGCUAGGAUACGCUAUCAAUCCUUUCCAAGACCAACCCCAAUCGUAUACAGAUUUGAGCGAUUUAAUGACCAGAAUGUGGGUGAGCUUUAUUCACGACGGAAGCCCCAACCAGCACGGAGUACUAGACUACGAAGAAUGGCCUAUAUAUGAUAUCCAGCAAAAUGGGGGUGUUGGGAAGGACUAUUUUUUUACCUCCACUCCCAAGAGUUCUAUAGAGACCGACGACUGGCGAAUUGCUGGGAUAAACUACCUGAACUCGCUGUGGAAGACAGUAUAUGGGAUGUGA